AUGUUAAUAGACUAUGCCCAUUUUGGUGAUGUUGUCAGCUUUGAUACAACGUUUUGCACCAACAAAGAAUAUAGGCCAUUCGGUGUAUUUGUUGGAUUUAAUCACCAUAGAGGUAUAUGUAUUUUUGGGGCUGCUUUGUUAUAUGAUGAGACUUUAGAAUCUUUCAGAUGGUUGUUUGAGGCUUUCAUCAAAGUCCAUGGGCAAAAGAAACCAUUAACCAUUUUUUCCUAUCAAGAUGCCGCAAUUAGAAAUGCGAUAUGUAAGGUAUUUCCAGAUAAAUGGCAUGGUCUGUGUACUUGGCACAUAAUGCAGAAUGGCAUCAAGCAUCUAGGAAAUUUGAUAAAGGAUGGAUCAUGUUUUUUAAAGGAAUUUAAAACUUGUAUGUAUCACUACGAGGGAAUACUAGAGUUUGAAAAUGCAUGGGAGAAAUUACAUAGUGAUUAUCAAGUUAAAGAUUCUUCAUGGUUAAAUCGUAUAUAUAAGCUUAAAGAGAAAUGGGCUAAGUGUUAUACGAAGAAUAUUUUCACCCUAGGUAUUCGAAGUACACAACUCAAUGAGAGUUUGAAUGGGGACCUAAAGGAUUACUUAAAAUCCAGUUUGGAUCUUGUGCAGUUUUUUAAACAUUUUGAGAGGGUGGUGAACGAUAAGCAUUAUAAUGAGUUGAAAGAGGAAUUUGAUGCAAGAAAUAAAACUCCAAGAAAUAUCUUUCCCAUGUCACCCAUUAUCCUCCAAGCAUUACAAGUUUACACUCCUGUAAUAUUUAAAGAAUUUCAAGAUGAGUAUAUAUGGAUUAGUGCUUGUUUCAUCAAAUUUCAGAUUGAGAGUGUUCCCAUUCAUGACUUCGUAGUUUCUGUUGUUAACAGAGAAGGAUAUUUUAAUGUUAAGUAUAUUAAAUUCAUUCCUGCAAAUUAUCUGUUAAGGAGAUGGACACUGGGAGCAAGGAACAUGAUAGUGGAAAGUGUUGAAGGAACCCGAGUUGAAAAAGAUGUUAACUUGGAUUUUACACAACAUUAUAGGCUUCUUUGUCCAAAAUUAGUGAGGAUAGCAUCAGAAGCAUCAAAUUCGUCCGAGGGAUAUGCAUUGUUUAACGGAGUUGCUGAUGAUUUGUGUGCACAGCUUCAAAAUCUUGCAGUCGCUGCUCCAUCUAAAAUUCCCUUAAGUGAGUAUAUUGAUGUCAACAUAGGGUUUAAAAAAAAAACACUUCGUAAAGGUGGAAAGCACUAUAAGAGUUGGGUAAAGAAGCAAAGAAAAACAAAGAAAACUGGAAAAGCAAAUACUUCCAGGUCUUCACAUUUAAUUCAACCAAGUGCACCAUCUCAGUCAAGUCAAUGGAAUCCUUCUGGUGGAUCAGAAUAUAUGGAUAACAAUCUCAUUUCAUUUGCUCAAAUAUUAAGAGGAUCUAUUGAUUAUUCCUAG